GGGAGGAGGGGCGGCACUAACGGUACUUGCCGACGGUAAACAUGGGGUGGGGUGAGGACAAUAUGCCUAUUUGGGACACUAGGAGAGGGGAACCGGGUUCACUUGGUCAAGAAAAGAAGAAGAAGAAAUAAAAAACUGAAUCGGAUUAAAGAGUAAAAGUGGGAGCUUGGAGAGGGAAGGUUCCCGGGUUCAGUAGUGAGCUAGGGCAUGUGGAGAACGCAAGCUAGGAACUGUGCGGUGUAUAAUCUCAGUGAAGUGCCAAAUGGAACUAGGUACCAGUGCGAAGUGCAGUGACAUUUGUUAGCCACCUCCUCCCAGGCGGCUGGCGUAAGGGAUGAGUGUGGUGGGUUCCGCCGCGGCCUGGUACUGCUACUACCCCCGACUGCCGCAGCCCACUAUGCGAGAGAAGGACUCGAGUCCCCGCAAGAUGGUGUUGCCGACCAGUGGCCACAGUUCCCCUAAGCAAGCCGCCGUCUAUCCUCUGUCGAUCAGGGUGCCCGACCAGGAUGACCAGCCUGCUGACGAGAUGCCGUUCGAUCUUUCGAGAAAUACCAGGUCCUCUGGACCCCACAUGUCGCCAGCUGGGAGACCUCCACCGGGCCCUGCAGGAGACAGAGAUGACGAUCAACCGCUGGACCUUCGAGUCGAGCACAAGAAGUUGACACUCAGAAGAGACUUGGAAGAUGAAAAUCAAAAUUUGAUUCUGCGAACACCUUCACCGAUGGAGAACGGACCGUCUUCACCGGUCAGAAAAGAAACCGAGCACCACCACCAAAUCCAAGAUAGAAAUCCUAGUCCAGAGGUACAUAGUCCCAGAACGUUAAACUCCUAUCCGGUUUUAUUUCCUCCACAACCGAUCCACCCGAUGAUGUUGGAGAUGUACCGAGGAGCGGUGGAUAAGGUUCCCAGGUUACCCAUACCCUACUCGACUUCUAGUCCACCGGGCUACCAUCCCAGUCGGCCUUACCUGUUCCCCAACACAUCGCUGAUAAACGGCCACCCGACACCCCCACCGAGCUCGCCCCACUUCGACGUGUUGCGGACUCAGCACCCGGCGCUGCAGAACUCCUCCCCCAAACCGUACCAGGACGUGGCGGGAGGAGUAGGAGGAAAGCUCAACAAGGAUCGAUACGCCUGCAAGUUCUGCGGCAAAGUGUUCCCUCGCUCAGCUAAUCUGACGAGGCACCUCAGAACACACACGGGCGAGCAGCCGUACAAAUGCAAGUAUUGCGAACGCUCCUUCAGUAUCUCCUCUAACCUCCAACGCCAUGUUAGGAAUAUCCACAACAAGGAGAAGCCGUUCAAGUGCCCUCUGUGUGACCGCUGUUUCGGCCAGCAGACAAACCUAGAUCGUCACCUGAAGAAACACGACGCGGACGGACCGACGAUCAUGGACGACCGGUACGGAGGGGGGAGAAGUCCCUCCAUCAUGCACCCGAACUGUAGACCACACAGGAUGACCAGUGAAGACGGAGGUUGUAAUGACGAGAUACGAUCCUUCGUGCGGAAAGUGGGUGCGAGUGCGGACGAUAACAUGGCGAUGAUUCACAGAACGAUCGUUCCUCCGCUGACUUACGGUUUCGCCCACUUUCAGGACGUGGAAGUGCGGAAACAGAGAGACAGUUUAAGUAGCAGUGAUAAAGACAACUUUUCGUCGCGUUCCUCGACCUCCAGUAUGGGCUCGUUCCUGCCGGCGACGUCUCCGUCCAAGGAAGGACCCGCGUCUCCGGGAGAGAGACCCGGCAGCCCGCGAGAAGACUCGGACCGCGUGGAGGCCGGCGGUGCGAACAACACCUGAGGUCCUGGACAGAUCACUUUCACGCGAACGAGAGCAACGCCGCGGGCCCGGCGAAAGUGAGGUGCGGCCACUGACGCCCGCGAGUGCGCGACAUGUCGCGGCGCGACAGGAAUGUUCAGUGCUAGUCAAUCGGGAUACGAGUCGUAUCGUACUAGAAGGAUCGCUAUUUAUUGGACAUGUUUUAAGACGUGCAUCCAUUAGACUAGAGAGACUCAAACUUUGUACCAUUUUAUCAAUCUCUACUUAAGUUACCACAGAGUUUACUUCUUCUUCUGUCACUACUUAAAUUAUAAUACUUGUUAGAGCAUACAAAGCGCUCAAUCGUAUGUGUCCAAUGUGUUCAACACUUAGUGUAAGCCUUCGCUCUUUCAUUGUAUUCCAUCGAGUGUAAUAUUCAAAUUACAUUUGCAUACUCCAAGUAGAGAUUUUAUAGCUAAUAAAUAUUGCCUGUAUAAUAUACAACACUAAGCGCGUCGGCCGUUCUUGAUGUCGAUGACUACCUAGUAGAUCUUUAUGUUAGAUAUAAAAUAUUUUAGGGUUUGUAGAUUUUAUUGUCACCGCUCAAUUUUAACUUUACGAAGAAUAUUAAUUUCAAAACAUUAGGUUUCCAGCAGUUCUUGUUUGUUUUUAAACGAGACCCAUCCAAAUCUGUAUAUUGCGUCACCUGAUGUAUUACCUUUUGUUACUCUUCAUUAUAAACAAUACUUGCUAUCUUUUGUGAUAAUAAGCGUGUGGAUUGAGAAAUAACCCAUUGCAUUACAAUUUAUUGCGGGAUAACAAUACUCAAUUUUGAAACACAAGAAAGGAACAGCUCACAUUUUUUCAAGCCAAGCUACAAUACAUAUUUAUAAAGUACGGUUUGGAGACAAGCCAUAUUAUAUGUUGAACGAAUCUUUCUUCAAACUGAGUACAUAUUUGUAAUUAGUAACUGAGUCGCGAUCCUAGAAUCUCAGUUAUUCUAAUCUGUUCUGUGCAAAACAGUAAAAUGUUCUUGAUAUUAAAAAAUAAACACUUUUUAAUUCUGCUUGCUCGGUCUGUAAAAAUAAACCAUAUUAAGGUUGACAUUAAAUUGAUAGAUCAAUUCGAAACGGAGUGAAAUCGGCCGGUAUGUUGACGUGGCCACCCACCGGUGUUAGCGAAAGCAGCCGUCAAGUUAAUGUAUAACUGGGUCCAAAAUCGACAAAUCAAAUGUGGCAUCGGGGAAAGCGGACACAUCCGAGCAGCAACUUAAUUAGAGAGAAACAUGGUUCUGCAAGACUUAUCAAUCGAGCGGUCUUCUUGUAAUUGGAGAAACAUUCUGUGAGCGGGCACACUAGAUGGAAGCUAACUGGAUUUCUUUCGCUAAUCUAUAUCUCUCCUCCUUUCCUGAUUUCUCUUAUUCGCUUCGCUACAGAUAUUUCAUUUUUUUAUUUUGCUAUAUAUGUUGCAAUUUUUCUUUACCUUGUUUUUAACUGUACUUCGUUUCACAUAUUAAAUCUUUUUUAUUCUGGUUUAUCUUUCAAAUUCACUUCUUCACGUAUCUAAACAACCCGCAAAAUACCAAUUUUUUAGGUAGCAGACUUAUUUUAGACUAACAAUAAGUAUUUUCUCUAUAACAAUAUUUCAUUCUUUAUUGUAAUCAGAUGUAGAUGUAAAAUGCUUCUUAAAAAACAAGCAACGUUCAUUUUUACCAAACUAACCUAUCUUAAACUAACUUAAUUAAUCCAUACAAAAUUUACAUGGCUUUCCAUAUUUAUCUGGCAGGAUCAUCACAUUCAUUUUGGUAAAUGAUUGGUGGUGACUAACAACCAACUAAAAUGUAUGUAUCUACAAUAAUUAUAAAUAGAAACGAUCAAAUUUCAUGCUCAUAAUGAUCGUCACCAUUCCAUAAUAAAACGUUAAAUGUUUAAUCAUUCAGAAAGAAUUUUGCGUAAGGGUUUUCAAAUACUUAUUCAUGGAAGUAAAGCUAAAUUUAAUGCGAUUUCAACUUACAUUUCUAAAAUAAUAUACUUGCUGUUACAGUUUUAAAAUUUAGUAUAUAUUGUUUCAAAAUGUAUGUAAUACAGAUAAAGUUAAAUCUAAUGGUUCAUGUAUUGUGCUCAAUAAUGCUUUUCAUAUUAUUUCACCUUCCUUAGAUUCUUGUAACAGGUAAACGAACAUAUCCUCAAAACAUUUAUGUAUCACUAAUUUUUAUUCUACUGAAUCACUUUGUAAACACAUAAAUUUCAUACUAUAUUCAAUUCUAUUUUUGAUCAAUACUAUUGUAUUUAUGUAGAAAGGAACACGUUGUUUAUCUUUUACCUUUAGAUAAAAUUUACAAUACUAUAAAUGCUUAAAUAAUAUUUAAAUAUUUAUUUGUCUUCUUAUACCAAUAUUGUCAAUAUACAUAAAUAAAAGAGGUUCCUAGUUACGAAAUGACACAGAAAGUUAGUAAACAAGAAAUUAAUAAAAUGUAUGCUUAAUCCAUUGUGCUUUAAAUGUUCCUACGUGUCAGAAUUUGAAAUACAGUUCAAAAAGGUUGUUGCAUAGGUGACGAUAAGACAAGAUUACUAUAUAUGUGGUAGUUUAGUAAAGAACAUAUAUUUGUUUUGUAAUUGUUUAUUGGAAUGAUAGCUUUAUAGCACUGUGAUAUAAUCUUGGUGUUUUGUUUAUCCAUAGUGAUAAAGGGAACAAAUUGAAAGUUAUUGUGGUUUGUUGUUAAGAGUUGAUAGUUAUUUAAGUCAAGCUUUUGGAAGAGAGUAUAAUAUUUGAUGCGUUGGUAUGUCCUAAGCGUACUUUUUUGUUCAUUCAAAAUCUUAAUUGAUAGCAGUGUUGAAAUUCCCUAACUUUUCAUUAUCGAAUCGCUGUUAGAGCAGACCACACGAAAAUAGUCCAGUGGUUUGCCAUUUUUACGAGUAUGAACAAUUAAUGAUUCAUCUUACUAUCAGUUGCAAACGUAUACAAACGUCAUCAGAUGUUGUUGGAAACAAAUAUUUGUACAUAUAAUUUCUUUCGCCUGUUUUGCAGAUAAAAUGUAAAACAUACUGACAAUAUGUAACCAUAGCAAGGCAUAACGAGAACAGCGGUGGUUACCAUAUAUGGCAAACUUCCACAAAUUUCUUUUGACUAUUUUCGUAAGGCCUGCUAUAAUAGAUUUUUUGAAGGGAUUGUGCUAAAAGAAUAUUUUGUACGUUGUCUUUAUUUAUUAUUUUUAACUUUCACUUGAGUACUAUUUUAUUGUCUCAAUAUAUUGUAGCCUUAAUACUAUACAGUAUUUUAUUUAAAUGAAAAGUUGAAGUAAGAAUUUACAUUACUUGUUGUAUAUGUUGUAUAAAAACAUGAGUAAUUUACCAGUUUGAAAUGUUAGAAGAAUGAAAAAUAUUUUUUUCAAGCUGAUGGUCAAAAAAAUUAAAAUUAUGUAUAUUUAAAAAUAAAAUGUCAACAUAACUUUGAUAUCACGAUACACUUUGAUAAAUUAAGGGGACACUUCAUUCUAUUCCAUUCUUGAACAUUUUAAGAUAGAUCUCAACGUGCGUCAUAAAUUCGUCUAUGCUAUAAAAUGCUUCUGAAAUAGGUGCUGCUUUUAGACGAGUCUUAAAUGCCUCUGGAUAUCGCAAAUUUUUAAAUGUAAUUUGACAAUGUGUAAAAGAACUGAAGUUCUACGAAGUCAAAUGUUAUAAAUCUACGGUUCUGUGUUUUCAAUUUCGGUAGGUAUCUCUUCUGUUUAUUUUCAUAAAAAUGUAUGUUCCUUCCUCAUAUGGGAUUCCACUUUGAUUUGUAAAUAAUAGACUCCUCUAAAAUAUAGAGGCAGGGCAAUGUUAACCGUUUGAAAUUUCUGAAUGUUGGUCUGUACGACUAUCCAUUGUAGUUCUGGAAUAGUUCUGAAGGCUAUCUUUUGAAGAAUAAAAAUUUAGGAGAAAUGUGUGUUUGGGCAACCCCUCUUCACCCUCCCAUAAAACUUAUCAAUCCGCAGUCAAGGUGCAUUUCAAGGAAAAUUGUUGAUUGUCUACUUCUUCGAUCUCAGCAUUGUCCAACAUGAAUUAAAUAUGCUGUCGCAGAAAAAAGUCAAUAAAAGUUGAUUUUCGUGGAUUUCCUUGGAGUUUGGGUUCUUUGGAAGCCGAAUUUUUUUAGUUUAGCUUGAUAAAUGUCACCGUUUCAAUUUAUGUUUUUGAUUUUGUGUUAUAAAUCACAUGAUCAAACACAGUAAUGUUGUGUCGUCUGCAUAUUGGACUAAUUGCUCGUGAUAUAGCAAUGAGCCAACAUAUAUAAUGUGCAAUAGGAAAGGAGCUAUUAAGAUAAUUAAUUGCAUUCUUCAACUUGAUUUUUAACACUGUAUUAUUACUUGUGACAGCGUUCUGAAUUCCGUGCACUCGUUGACUAAGAAGCAGUAGAAGUAACCUAUUUAUACGUAUAAUCAGGUUGGAAAAAUGUGUCCAGUACCGUUGAACAUAUACUGAGAAAUCAUUAUAGUACUUGUAGUAUUCUAGCACAUUACGUAUUUCUUGGUCUAUAGGAGUUUCUUUCAAAGUAGGUAUCCUUUCAGGUCGUUUUCAUUACUUCAGAACAGAAUGAACUGUACUUACGUCACUACUCCUAAACUCAUUUCCCCAGUUUCGUCCUAAGAAUUUGGUCACUAUUCCUUUAGUUACUUCUCCGUCCCACUUUUCUACGUUAUGUGCUGAUUACUAGACUCAGCUCUUAUAGUAACUACUUCAGGACAAAAACGCGUCUUUAUGUCAUAUCUUAGAAUCAUGUAUAUAAAACAUUUAAUGGGAGUUUUUAAACACCUAUUUGAGCUAUUGAAAUUAUUUGCCUGGAUGGUAAAUUGUUUAUAAUACCAACCUUAAUUACAAGAACCAUGCAAAUGAUUUAUAAUUAUAUUCCAUGACAGAAACCUAAAGUCACUCAAGUGAAAGCAUGCAGUCAUGUAAGAUACCGAAUAGCUAGAUAGGAAUAAGUGAUUUGAUUGUGUUUUGUAAGAAAUUUAGUACAAUUGAAAAUGAAAAUCAUAAAAUGUUACCAUAAUCGUUAGGGGAGGGUGCUUACAGCCCUAGUCAGGAUACCACGCCGAUGUAUAUAAGAGGGCUAUGUUGUUCUGUACAAACACCUAGAUAUUUAUUGAGAUAAGAGUUAAUAUAUUGAAAAGUGUGUAAAGAGUCUAAGUAGACUGUAUUUGUAGGUUUUUACUUUAUAAUAUAUUUGUACUGCCGGACAAUUUUUAAAAUGUUCUUUUAUAAGAAUUUGUAUACAAUAUAAAUUUCUUAUGAGAUAAG